AUGACCCGUCAAGCCAACCAUCAAAAAGCCAUUCCAGCCAUCCACCGCAAAUCGCUCGAUGGAAGCAAAGCACAUGGCGCAAAAUCAAAACCCAAGGUAUCCAAAAUAUCCAAGACUACAUCGUCGCCCAAGCAAUCCCGAGAGCAAGCCAAGAAGUCCGUCGUUGUAAAACCCAUUCCAAUAAAUGAAGUUCGGAAACUUCAACAGAGUGGUAAAGAUGCACGGCCAUCUCAACUUCCAAAACAUGCUCGUGGAGUUGAAGUUGAAUCGUCUCUUCAACCUGAGGAUCUUUCUUCUGCUUUUGAAGAAUCCCUCGAAGAAGCCCGAACCCACAUCUUACGUGUCGGAAAAGCCGCAUUCGAAGAAGCCCACAGCGUUCUCCUCCAAAAACUCACCCAGGAAAAAACCACCGAUCAAUUCUUCCUCCAAGCCAUCUCCCACAACGCACAAGCGCUCAGCGCGCCGUUAGCCACGCAGAAAAUCCAAAUGACCGUGCAGCAAAAAGGACGUCGCAUAUCCGAGAUCGUCGAGGUUGGCAAGCGCGUUGCGCAAUUCCGACAGACGAUCGAGGAGGAGGAAAAUAAGCUCGAGGGGUAUUGGAAGGAAUGGGAGGGCUUACAGACUGAGUUCAAGAUAUGUGCGACGCGAGUGUUUGGGGGUAAGAUGUUUAAUGAGGAGGAUGCGGAGGAGGGAUAUCAUGUCGGUAUGCUGUUGUUGGAUGCAGAAUACGCGGCCCAGAUGGAUGUUUUGUUGGAAGAACUGGAUGAAGUAGGAAAUGAUGCGAUCAAGAAGAUGAAAGCUUCGGAGAAGGAAAUCGAUGUGAAAACAGACAAAGUACGACAAAGAAUUGUAGGAGCAAUGAUGUGGUGA